UUCUGCAUACUGCAUGUCAAUCAAAGUUGCGAUCGUAAAUACAAAAUUAAAGCCGAAAGCAUGUGAUUUAAUUUAAAGAGGAUUUAUAGAUUAACUUGUACCAGAAAUAUUUCAUAUAUAUAUAUUUUUUUUUUCCUUAUAUCAUUUUAUCCUUAUUACAUAAACAUCAUGGCUCCGAAGCCGUCAGCCCUUGCUGGUUUGAACUCGGUUGACCCUGAUUCCGUUCAGUUUCUGAUGUAUACUGACGAAGAAAUAAGGAAGCUUAGUGUGGUCAAGAUCACUAACAUUAAUUCCUUUGAUGCAAUGGGAAACCCCACGCCGGGAGGUUUGUAUGACUCGCAUUUAGGUCCUGUCAGGGAGAGAUUGGACUUAUGUGCCACCUGUGAAAAUCCAUUACUACACUGUGCUGGACAUUUUGGACAUAUAGAACUACCUGUAGUUGUUAUCAAUCCUUUGUUUUUGAAAAGCAUUUACACUAUAUUCAGGAUAAGCUGCCUCAAGUGUUUUAAAAUUCAAAUGGACGAUAAAAUGAAAUUUCUGUUGAAGCUGCAGUUACAGCUCAUUGAUGCUGGUCAUGUUACAGCUGCGUUAGAUUUGGAAAACUUUUCUGGAGAAGUAUUUAAAGUCGACACAGAGACUCGUGAACAAAAGACGACUAAAGUCAUAAAAAAAUAUAAGAAAUUAUUGAAAAAGACAGAUGCAAUAACUGAGGUUUUCCAUAACAAGAAUACAGACAAACUGAGAUCAAGAAUAUUAAAUGGUUAUUUUAAAUCUAUCAAUAUCGCCAAAAGAUGUGUAUACUGCCAGAACAAACUAAUAAAGGUCACUACAUCUGAGGGAAAGCUCAUGUAUAAUUUGAGUGCUGAAGGUAUAGUGGGGAAGGGAAUAAAAAUAUUAAUGCCGGAUGAAAUAAAAAAGUAUUGCACUAACAUUGCUGAAAAUGAUGGUGACAUCUUACGUCACUGCCUCCCAGUCCUCAACAUGUCAAACUGCCAACCAAUGACUGAUAUAUUUUUUAUGACCUUGAUUCCAGUACUUCCACCUUGUGUCAGACCAUGUAAUGUUCUACAAGGAGAAUUGACUGAGCAUGCACAAACAAAUGUUUAUAAAGCUAUAUUAGCACAUGCUUUUGGCGUAAGGUCUGUAUUACAUGUUUUAGCAUCGGAAGACCAAAAGAAAGCGAUUGAUGAACUAGAUAGCAAACCUAGAUUUGCUUAUACUAGCAUAAGUGGUGCUACUCCAGCUGAAAAAUUGCACAAUGGGUGGCAAGAUCUUCAAAAAAGUGUCAAUAACCUUCUCAGCUGUGAUUCUCAAGGGUUCACCAGUUUAGGGUUGAAGCAGAUUCUUGAGAAGAAAACUGGUGUUAUUAGGAUGCACAUGAUGGGUAAAAGAGUAAAUUUUGCUGCCCGAUCAGUAAUUACACCAGAUCCAAAUGUGGACAUUGAUGAAAUAGGAGUCCCGGAUGCUUUUGCCAAAAAGCUCACAUAUCCUGUACCAGUAACUGAAUUUAAUGUUGAUGAACUUAGAAAAAUGGUUAUUAAUGGGCCUAAUGUGCACCCAGGUGCUGAAAAAUUAGAAAUAGAAAAUGGCAGAACAAUAAGGAUUCCAGCUGAUUCAAUUCAAAAAAGGAAAAGCCUUGCUAAGAGACUGCUUACUCCUGACGAGUACAAAACAUCUGGCUUAAAGAUUGUACAUAGGCACUUAAUUAAUGGAGAUGUCAUGAUAUUGAAUCGUCAACCUUCUUUACAUAAACCCAGUAUGAUGGCUCACCGAGCUAGAAUUCUGAAAGGAGAAAAGACCCUAAGAUUGCAUUAUGCAAAUUGUAAAUCAUACAAUGCUGACUUUGAUGGUGAUGAAAUGAAUGCUCACUUCCCUCAGAAUGAGAUAGCAAGAAGUGAAGCAUAUAAUAUCAUGUCUGUAAGAAAGCAGUACCUUGUACCGAAGGAUGGUACGCCAUUGAGUGGUUUGAUACAAGAUCAUGUAAUAUCAGGAGUAAGAAUGUCUUUAAGAGGUGUAUUUUUUUCUAAAACAGAUUAUCAACAGUUAGUAUUUCAAGCUCUGACUAACCACAGAGGUGAAAUAAAACUCCUUCCCCCAACAAUUCUUAAACCAAGACAGCUGUGGUCGGGUAAACAAGUACUAUCUACGAUUAUCAUCAACAGUAUACCAAAAGGUAAGAAAUACCUUUCAAUAUCUGGAAAAGCAAAAAUUAGCUCUAAGGCAUGGUUGAAGGAAAAACCAAGACCUUGGAAAGCUGGUGGUACACCUUUCAUUAAAGAAAAUGACAUGUCUGAAGCUGAAGUUAUUAUCAGAAAUGGAGAAUUACUGUGUGGAGUGUUAGAUAAAACACACUAUGGUGCUACACCUUAUGGUUUGGUGCAUUGUAUGUAUGAACUGUAUGGAGGAGAUAGCUCUAGUGCACUGCUAAGUUCUUUUUCAAAAGUAUUUACAUUUUAUCUUCAAUGGAUAGGAUUUACCCUUGGUGUAAAAGAUAUUUUAGUUGUUGAUGAAUCUGAUCUUAAAAGAGAUGAUUAUAUUCGCUCAGUUAGAGACUCUGGGAGAGUUGCUGCUAUCAAAGCUACUGAUCUUCCCCUGGAUGUAGAUGAGGGCAAAUUAAAAAAUAUAAUUGAAGAAAUGCAUACUAAAGAUCCGAAGUUUAGAGCGAAUUUGGACAGACAAUACAAAACAAUGCUUGACUCUUACACAAAUAAUAUUAAUAAAGUUUGUCUCUCUGAAGGAUUACUUGAAAAAUUUCCAUACAACAACCUUCAGUUAAUGGUUCAAUCUGGUGCCAAAGGUUCCACUGUAAAUACUAUGCAGAUUUCUUGCUUGUUAGGUCAAAUUGAAUUAGAAGGGAAAAGGCCGCCGCUUAUGAUAUCGGGACGCUCCUUACCUAGUUUCCCACCUUACGACGUUUCACCCAGGGCCGGCGGAUUUAUUGACGGUCGUUUCAUGACUGGAAUUCAACCCCAAGAAUUCUUUUUCCACUGUAUGGCAGGUCGUGAAGGUCUUAUUGAUACAGCCGUAAAAACAAGUCGCUCAGGUUAUUUACAAAGAUGUUUGAUCAAGCAUCUUGAAAGCUUGAGCGUAGGGUACGAUCAUACAGUCCGUGAUUCCGAUGGCAGUGUCAUUCAGUAUGCUUAUGGAGAAGAUGGUCUUGAUGUUUUGAAAUGUCAAUACUUAAAACCAGAACAACUGAAAUUCCUUGAUGAAAAUUCGGGCGCUGUUAUUGCGGAUUCUGCUAUAGAUAUGCUUAAAGAAGAAGCAGAUCCAAAAUCCAUAAAAAAAGCCAAUAAGUCGUUAAAGAAAUGGAAAAAGAAAUUUGGCGAUCCCCUACGGAAAGAAAGAGCCAGUGGCUUUAUAAGAUUCUGUGCGCAAGCUAAACAAGAUAUUAAGCUUUAUGAUAAACCAACAGAUCAAACCAGAGAUCCUUAUUAUUGGGAGUUGGAGAAAAUGUGGAGGUCACUAGAAGAAGAAGAUAGAAAACAGUAUGAACCAAAGUCUUGCCCUGACCCAAUACCUGGCAAAUAUGCCCCAGAUUAUAAACUUGGUGUAAUAACAGAACAAUUGGACGGUAUAAUACAAAGUUAUCUGAAGAAUCGUCAAGUAAAUAUGUACGACGUUUGUACUGAUAAAGAAAAAUUUGUCGAAGUGAUGAAUGCUAAAUACUUAGCAUCAAUGGCAGCGCCGGGUGAGCCUGUGGGGUUGUUAGCUGCACAAUCUAUUGGAGAGCCUUCCACUCAGAUGACACUGAAUACUUUCCAUUUCGCCGGUCGGGGUGACAUGAACGUGACCUUAGGUAUCCCACGUCUUAGAGAAAUCCUGAUGACUGCAUCUGCUAAACUUAAAACUCCGAACAUGGACAUUCCUCUCAGAAGCGACAUUCAGAACGUGGAGAAAAAAGCGGAGCGACUGAGACAGAAACUGAACAGGGUAACUGUCGCGGACGUUUUAGAGAAAGUGGACGUAGAAUGUGAAUUAGUAACUCGGCCAGAGAGGCAGUUGAAAACGACUAUGAAGUUUACGUUUUUGCCACACUCUCAAUAUCGCUCUCAGUAUGCGGUAAAACCGCCUCAAAUUAUAAAGCACAUGGAGAACAAAUUUUUCGCUGAGAUGUUCUCGAUUGUUAAAAAGCAGGCGAAAGCGAGUGCUGGUAUUGUGUGGGCUUCGGAGAAGAAGAAAGAGCGACGUAAGGCGGCGGCUAGUGAUGAUGAAGAUGGAGAAGUGAACGCGCCGACUGAGAAAGUCAACGUUGACGACGACAGCUCGGAUGACGAGGCUCCUAAUGAAGAUGAUGAUAAUACUGAUACUAAAAUAAGGAAGAAGAGAAAUGAAGAACAAGAAUAUGAAGAUCCUGAAUCGGGAGAAGAAGAAAAAUCUGACGACGAAGCGGAGUUGGUCGACGAACCAACUGAAAAUAUUGAAGAAAAACCAUCAGAACUCGAUAUCACCGCUAAAGAACUAAAAGUUAUGAGCGACGUUGUGAACAGUAUCAAGGAGGCGAAAAAUUAUUCGUACGACACGAAGAAUCACCUCUGGUGCGAACUAACAGUUAUGUUUCCUAUCGCCUUCUUAAGAGUUGAUUUGUCCCAAGCAGUGCGCGAUGCGGCCACCAAAUCAAUAAUCCAUGAGGUCAAAAACAUCAAAAGAGCUAUAACGAACAAAGAGAAAAAUAUGCUUUAUAUCAAAACAGAAGGUAUUAACAUUCUACAGAUGUUCAAAUACAACGAUUUGCUAGAUUUGAAUAAGUUGUACAGUAAUGACAUACAUGCGAUCGCGAACACGUACGGCAUAGAAGCAGCGAACAAAGUGAUUAUAAAGGAAAUACAGAAUGUAUUCAAUGUUUAUGGGAUUGCUGUUGAUCCGAGACAUUUGUCGUUGAUAGCAGAUUAUAUGACGUUCAAUGGGGUUUUUGAGCCGAUGAGUAGAAAAGGAAUGGAGGCAUCUUCUUCUCCACUACAGCAGAUGUCAUUCGAGUCGUCCCUGAUAUUCUUGAAAGAAGCAGUUUUGAAUGCGAAGAAGGAUAAUAUACGUUCGGCGUCCAGUUGCCUGAUGGUAGGACAACCUUGCAGAUAUGGAACCGGUUCCUUUAGCUUGCAGCAUUGUAGUGAAAUUAAGUGAGUGUGAAUUCAUGAUACUAUAUUUAUAUUUUUUAUGGACCAACUGUGAUUAGAAUUAAAAGUAAAAAAAUA